GUACACUGAAGCAAUGGAGAUCCGAAGUUGAUGAAAAAAGAGAAGUAUUCCAUGCCUUAGAAGAUGAACUCCAGAAAGCGAAAGCAGUUAGUGAUCAGAUGUUUAAAACACACAAGGAACGCGAUCUUGACUUUGACUGGCACAAAGAGAAAGCAGAUCAGUUAACUGAGAGGUGGCAAAAUGUUCAUUCUCAGAUUGAAAACAGGUUGCUGGCAAAACAGUUAAAUGAGCAAAAGAUGCUGGUGUCUGAAAUAGAGAUGAAACAAAACAAACUAGAUGAAUGUCAGAAAUACUCAGAACAGUAUUCAACUGCAGUGAAGUUUAUGGAUUUACGAACACGCUACACAGCCUUGGUAACCUUGAUGACUCAGUAUAUAAAGUUUGCUGGUGACUCUUUGAAAAGGUUGGAGGAGGAAGAGACCUUGAAAAGCAAGGAGGCCCUUGUGCGUGGGGAAUUUUCUAACCUGGAGGAACAGCAGAGAGCAGUGUUGAAUGAGAACAAGAAACUUAUGGCAAGAAUAAGUGAACUUGAGAAGGCUCUGGAGGAGAUAAGGAAGCAGAAGCUGCUGCUGGAGGAAGAACUUCCAAAGGCCAAAGAAGAUGCAGAAAGGGAAUUGCAGAAGCAGAGGAAGAAAAACGAAGAGAUUUGUCUUCAGAAGGCUAAGGCUGAGCAAGAAGCGAAGCGAAUUUCCAUGGAAUUAGAGGAUGUCCUUAAAGAGAAAGAAGCCGCCGAACAGGAGUUAGAACGCGUGAAACAGCUCACUCUGAAAGCUGAGGUUCAAAGAAACGCGGUUGAAGAAAAUCUUCGGGCUUUCAGAAUUCAGCUUGAAGAAAGCAACAUGAUUCGAAAAACCUUUGAAGAACAUUUAAGAAGGAAAGACACAAGCCUCCAGGACCUGGAGCAGCAGAAAAAGGCUUUGAUGGAAGAGCUGAAGAAGAAAACAGCCGAAGAAGAGAAGCUGAUGAAACUCAUUAAGGAAAUGGAACGUGAUCUGGAGCUGCAAGGCAGUUCGGUGAAAAACAAGUUCAGAGAAAAGGAGAUAACUGACAUCAGAAGGCAAAUCACCAUCAUCGGAAGAGAAACUUGCUCGGACGUUUUCAGGGAAAAGCAAGACAUAAAGAACAUAGACGAAUUCCAACAGAUAGUAGACGAGCUAACGGCGGCCAAUAGGAAGUCCGAAAAAAUAAUUAAGGAUUUAAAAUACGAGCUUCACGAGCUUGAGCUGCAGAAUGCGUCCUCCGAAGAAAAAGCUCGCUUGUUGAAAGAAAAACUGGACGAAGCCAAUCAUUCUCUCCGAUGCCUUAAAAUAGAGUUGGACCAAAAAGAACUGGUUGAGCAAGGUUACUUGGAACAACUAAAAGAACUUGACAAGCAGCUGCAGAAGGCCACAGGCAAAGCCGAAGACGUAAUGCAGGAAUCCAUGGAGCUUAAAAGAAUGAACAUGAAUUAUCAAGAAGACCUGAGGUCGCUUCAGAAGGAGAAGGCGCAGUUAAAGAGGGAGCUGGAGGAAUUGACAAGGGCGCACACAGAAAUCGAAAUCAUCGCUCAGCAGCUGCGUUCGCAGAUUUCCUCUCUUCAGCAAGAGAAAAUGAUAGCUGAACAGAGAACGAUAUCCUGCAAAGGGGAAGCAAGCAAUCUGCAGGAGCAUUUUAGAAAACUGCAGGAGCAGUUGCUUCAAAAAACAAGAGAAGAAAAAGAGAGCCAGCUGGCCGUUCAAAGGCUGAAAGAUGACUUAGCCGACAGUAAUCACUUGGUUGAAAAAUUAAAGCAGAAGGUGGAGGAGCUUACCAGGUGGAAUAGUGAAACCAAACUCAUGAUGACUGAAGUGCACACUGAAUCAGAGAGGAUAGUUCUGGAGAGGCAGAUUAUUGACCGGAAAAAUGACGAAUUAAAAGCUUUGGUUGAUAGCUUCAAGGACCAGCUCCGUGUUACAAAUGAAGAGCUGCACAAGCAGAUCAUAAUUGAGCAAGAGCACCUGGAUAAAAUCAAGAGAUUAGAAGAUGAGUUGGUCAAUGCCAAAGACGUAAUUAAUGAGUAUAAACAGAAAUGCGACAGGGAUAUCACUUAUAACAUGAACACUGAGAUGGAGCUAAGAAAUCUGAACACCCAGGUGAGUACGUUCGCUAUGGAAAUUAAAAUGAACGAGACGAAAAUCCAGCAACAGCAAGCUCACAUUCAAGAACUCAACAAUAAGAUAAAGAAACUGCAAGACGAUUUCCACCAGAAGACUUUAGAUGAGCAAGCGGCACGCAAAAAGAUGGCGUCGCUCCAGGAAGAGUCAAUUAAAUUUAAGCACUCUGCCGAAGAGUUUAAGAAGAAAUUCGACAAACUCUUGGAAUCGCACAACAUGGCUGAAAACGACAUUUCAGGCAUAAGGAUGGAAUGCAUCAGUUUGCAGCAAGAGAAGCACAUGGCUCAAGAAAACAUCAGAAUGUAUCAGAUUCAGAUCGAAGAUUUGCAGAACAGGCUUCAAAAAUGCCGUGACCAGCUACAGCAAGGGAAACAUGCAGAAAUGGAACAUUUGCAGAAGUACCGCAAGCUGGAAGAGGAAUUCCAAAUGCAGAAACGAACAAUGGAGCACUUGAAGCACCAGCUAGAUCUGCAGAAAAGAGAGCACUGUAAUCAGUUGCGUUUGUUUCAGAAUGAGAUCAACAAAAAGAACGUCCAGUUGGACUUUGGGUUGAAAGGACUUGACUAUGGCUACUUGGGAGAUGGCUCUUUGAGAGAUUUUGAACAACGUAAAGUGUGUACAAAUACAUCUCCUUUAUUAAGAAGAAGGCAAACCGAGAUAAGCAGCGCAGGUUGUAAAUCUGAUCAGCUACUAGCUCAGAAGUUGCAAAUGGUUUCCACCGAUCCAUUGCCACGGGAAAAGCAGUUCCAGAUGUCUGGAAUCGCUCACCCUUUGGGAAGUGGAGUAAACCAGCAAUCGUAUUCGGAGUAUGUUUCCCAAACAAGCACGCAAUUUGAAAUCAGCAUUGAUAACAACAAAUCUGCCACAAAGUUAUCAGAAAUAGAUCAUUUGAGAGAUGGCAAAUUACUCAGUUCACGACACGAAGAAAGUUAUGAAAUUGGAUUAGGGAAACCACUGCAUCCUCUGGAGAAAUCAAUGGAAGAAGAAAAGAAAGAACAUGUGGAAAAAACUGGGGACUUAUUGAAAUGGGUUACAGAAAUCACCAAGAGCCUCAACAAAGGAAGCGGAGAAAGGGCUGAAAAAGCAGAUUUUCUUAAGAAGCAGAUUUCUUCUGAUGAAUUAUUGGCCAAGAAAGGACAGCUAUCAGAGGCUUUGCAAGGAACACAGAUAUUUUUAGCAAAAUAUGGCGACAAAAUGACAAAUGAUGAGAAAAACGAAAUGGAAAAUCAUAUAAAGUCCUUGCAAGAGUGUUCCAAACUCUUAUCUAGUGAAGGUUUGAUACAGUUGGAGGAGGAAAGAAAUAUAGAAGAUGAAAACAUGGAUUCAAAGGAUUUGAUGGAUCAGCAUCAGGAAUUCCAAGACAAAUUACAGGAUAUAUGCGAUCUACUCACACAGACAGAAAAUCAGAUCAUUGGCCACAAAGAGGCCCUUGUGAUUGAAGAUAGCAAGACUGAAUUACAGCAAUACCAAGUCAGGCAACAGGAACUGCAGAAAAGCAUGCAAUCAAAUGCACAGGCCUUGGCAGAAAUUGUGAAAGACACAGAAAUGUUCCUGAAAGAGAAUGGAGAAAAACUGCCAUUGGAAGAUAAGACCGCUCUUGAAGGGAAACUGAAUGAAGCGAAAACCAAGUGUUUGUUGCUAAGCCAGAAGGCAGAGGAAUCCAGAAAAGAGCUGGAUAAAGCUGUGACGACAGCUAUGAAACAGGAAACAGAAAAGGUUGCGGCUAGACAACAACUUGAAGAGAGCAAAAAUGUGAUAGAAAAUCUUCUGGACUGGCUGUCAAAUGUAGAUAAGGACGCUGAUCAUAGAGAUACAAAAAGUGAGCCAACAAUCAAACAGAAUGGUACUCAUUUCCAUGAAGGGGAUGGAGAGGAUUUGAAUGGAGGGGAAGAUGAAGUAAAUGGCAACUUGCUAGAAACCCAAGAACAGAAUGAAACUCUUGUAGAUGGACAGCGUACAACGUCGGACGAUAAUCUCAACAUGAAAUACCAGAAGGCUAAGGCGCAGCAUGAAAAAAUUAUUUCUCAGCAACAAGCCGUCAUUGUAGCGACCCAAUCCGCCCAGGCUCUGCUUGAGAAGCAAGGACACCACCUUUCGCCGGAGGAAAAAGAAAAAAUCCAGAAGAACUUAAAGGAGCUGAAGGCGCAGUACGAGACCGUCUUGGCCGAAUCCGAACAGAAGCUGAAAUUAACACGCUCGCUACAGGAGGAGCUGGAGAAGUUCGAGGCCGAUUACGCCGAGUUUGAAAGUUGGCUGCAGCUGGCGGAGCAAGAACUGGAGAACCUGGAAAUCGGAGCCUCCGACUUUGGCGGCAUCGUCAUCAAACUGCAAAGGCAGAAGAGCUUUUCCGAAGAUGUCAUUUCUCACAAAGGGGAUUUGCGGUUUAUCACUAUCGCCGGACAGAGAGUAUUGGACGCUGCUAAGUCCUGCAACAAAAUAGAAGGGGCCAGAUAUGAGAAAGAAGGCAUGGAUACUUCAUCAACGUACAUGGAGGUACAGAAUAAGCUGGAUGGAGCAACUGGUCGCUUCAAGACUCUCUAUUCUAAG